CAUUUCUGCAAGGUAUACUACUACUUGACAAAAACGACGACACUUAUUGAAACGUGUGAUCCGACCGAUUCGAUCAAGUACAAACCAAAACUUUUCUUCUUCAGUUGUAGUUUUAGCUCGCCAGCGUAAACCCUUGUAGCAGCGAUUCAAGGAAUUGGAAGAUUUCUUGCCCAUUGUGAGAAGUCCAGCUGAACAGUGUGUAAUGGGGGUGGUGGGCAAAGCAGGAGAUUGGGCAUUUAAGGCGUUCUCGGCGGGGCUGGGCGUUGCCACCAUUUUCUUUGCAGCUUCUUUCUCCCUCAACGUCUACCGUGGUCUCUCUUGGCAUAAUCGCCAAACGGAAUAUGUACUUACUUACUGCUCUUUCAUUUGUCUUAUGAUGGGAGACAUUGGCGAAGCUAGGAAUUUCCCAAGGGUGUUCAAAUUUAAAAAAAGUGGAAAAAUUUCCGACAAAAGAGGAUUGAGAAGGAAGGAUCUAAAGUCAUGCAGCAGCAGGAAUGACGGUUUUAGACGUCCUACACUUUAUACCUCAUGUUGCUAGCUGGGAUCAUGCUAUAAGUUCUGAAUCUAUUUAGAUUAAAUUAACUUGAAGACGAGUAUGAUUUACACAUUCUGUCAUUGUUAUUCAUUUACUGUUGCUGGCCACAUAAUUGUGGAGUUGUAAUUCUAAGUAGCUAUUUAAUUAUAGCAGCUGCUGACUGUUAAAAUGGAGUUGGAACGAUGUUUGAAAUUCAUAUGACGUGAAUUGAAAUUAUACAAACGGAUUGAACUGAUUAUUCA